AUGCCCGCCUCGUCAUUUAUGCACCCUUUUGCUUCGCCCAACGCUAUCCCGCCCCGCACCAGCUCCACGGGUAUUCCAAAUCCCAACACGGCCGCUACGAGCACCCUCAAACAGCCGUCCAGAACAAGCGUCCUGCGCCCACUGAGCGAGAUUGACUGGUUGGGCCAGAGCAAGAAGAGCAAGACGAGCCACGCUGGCGAGCCGCUGAAUACCCACCCACCCCACCAGAACCCGCCGUCCAUGGCGUCCAACAUGUCGACCCCGACCAACACCGACGCCCCUCUCGAGUCCAGCACAAACUACCCCACGCCCCUGUCCCCGCCCUUGGAGUCGACCAAAGGUAUAGGCGAAGAGCUCAUCUACGGAAAUGGCGUCGCCUGGACAGAGGAGAAGGAGCGUAUACUAUUAGGCCCCUACGACUACUUGUAUGGACAUCCCGGCAAAGAUAUCCGCAGCCAGUGCAUUGCUGCCUUUAACCAGUGGCUCAAGGUGCCGCCAGAGCGAUUGGACGUCAUUACAAACGUCGUGGGCAUGUUGCAUACCUCGAGUCUGCUCGUCGACGACGUGGAAGACUCGUCUCUCCUCCGCCGUGGCAUCCCCGUCGCCCACGCCAUAUUCGGCACCCCGCAAACCAUCAACUCGGCCAACUACGUCUAUUUCCGCGCACUCGCCCUCCUGCUCUCCAUGAACAAUCCCAGGCUCAUUGAAAUCUUCACCGAGGAGCUGCUGAACCUGCACAGAGGACAGGGCAUGGACUUGUACUGGAGAGACACUCUGACGUGUCCGAGCGAAGUAGACUACCUGGAAAUGGUUGGCAACAAGACGGGCGGCUUAUUUCGUCUUGCCAUCAAGCUCAUGCAAGCUGAGUCUCAAGUAGAAAUGUAUGUGUCUCCCUGCAUCUCACAACAACGACCACCUCAGCCUAACCAGCUCCGAAACAGCGACUGCACCCCACUUGUCUCCACAAUCGGCCUCCUCUUCCAGAUCCUCGACGACCACCUCAACCUCUCGCCCACAUCAGGCUACUCAACCCUCAAGGGCCUGUGCGAAGACCUCACAGAAGGCAAAUUCUCCUUUCCCGUUAUCCACGCCAUACGCGCCGAUCCCUCAAACCAAAUCUUGAUCAACAUUCUCAAGCAAAAAACGACGGACGAUCAGGUGAAGAGCUAUGCACUGGGGUAUAUGGAGAGCAAGGGCAGUUUUGAGUACAGCAAGGGCGUCAUUGCCGAGUUGAGGGCCAAAACGGACGAGCACGUGAGCAGGAUUGAGGCAAUAUUGGGCGACGAGGGACGGGGUGGUGCUGACGCACUGAGGGCCAUGCUGGAGAGAUUGGUGUUGAGAUGA